UAGCUCCGAAAGAUGAGUAGGCUACCACAGAUAAAGGGACAAGUCUGAUUCUGCUGCGCGUUGGAAAGGGAGUUCUUCUUCUACGGCAACAUGGGUCUUCUCGUGGGACUCCUCUUGCUUAUCAACACAGGUCUUCUCGCGGCCGCGGGGCUCCGUAUUCUCGUGGAACUCUGGUAUUCCAUCACAAUGCAAGACGGCGAAGCGUCCGGUGGUGCCGAUCGUAGUACCGCUGGUCACUCGAGGGUCAGUGCUGCCACCACCUCACCGCUUGUGGAACCGUCUUUGGAUGUCGCUGGGGUUGAUGAGAAUGGAGUGGAACCGGGUUCGAGAGCAGAGACGACUGAAAAAGACCCAAGAAAGAUCGCCAGAAAGUACCAGUUGGAGCUAUGCAAGAAAGCUUUGGAGGAGAAUAUAAUUGUUUAUUUGGGGACAGGUUAUGGGAAGACCCACAUUGCUGUGCUGCUUAUAUACGAACUGGGUCACUUGAUAAGGAAGCCUCAGAAGAACAUAUGUAUCUUUCUUGCACCUACGGUGGCUCUGGUUCAGCAGCAAGCCAGGGUUAUAGAAAAUUCAAUUGAUUUCAAGGUUGGGGUCUAUUGUGGGAGCUCUAAGCGCUUGAAAAACCAUGAAGAUUGGGAAAAAGAGAUUGAACAAUAUGAGAUUCUUGUUAUGACGCCUCAAAUACUUCUUCACAACUUAUAUCACUGCUUUAUCAAGAUGGAGUUCAUUGCGCUCCUGAUAUUUGACGAGUGUCAUCAUGCUCAAGUACAAAGCAACCAUCCUUAUGCAGAAAUCAUGAAACUCUUCUACAAAACUGAUGUUGGAAAAUUUCCCCGUAUAUUUGGCAUGACUGCAUCUCCAGUUGUAGGAAGAGGUGCUUCCGAUCAUGCAAAUUUACCAAAAGUCAUUAAUAGUCUUGAAAAAUUACUUGAUGCAAAGGUUUAUUCUGUUGGAAAAAAGGAAGAAUUGGAUAAUUUUGUGGCAUCUCCUGCAGUUAGAGUAUAUUAUUAUGACCCCACUAUAAAUGGCACAUCUAGCUCCUAUGUGACAUACUGUAGUAAACUUGAAGAGCUGAAACGCCAGUGCAUAUCAACACUAAAUAAGAAGACGGAUGAUCAUCAAAGUCUACGGAACUUAAAGAAACUACUAAGGAGAAUGCAUGAUAACAUACUAUUCUGUUUGGAAAACCUUGGCCUUUGGGGAGCAUUAAAAGCUAGUCAAAUUCUUUUAAGUGGUGACCACUCUGAGCGAAAUGUAUUAAUAGAGGUGGAAGGAAAUUUCAGUGGUGACUCUGUAUGUGAUAGAUAUCUAGCUCUGGCUGCUGAAGUCUUUGCUUCUGAUUGUAAGACAGAUGGGAUUGCAUUCAAUUUGUCCUGUGUGGAGAUCUUAAAGGAGCCAUAUUUUUCAAGAAAGCUUUUACGCCUUAUUGGAAUUCUUUCAUCCUUCAGGUUACAACCAAAUAUGAAAUGUAUAAUAUUUGUAAAUAGGAUUGUUACGGCAAGAUUGUUGUCAUACAUACUACAGAAGCUUAAGUUUCUAGCAUCUUGGAAGUGUGAUUUUCUUGUGGGAGUCCACUCUGGAGUAAAAAGUAUGUCACGGAAGACCAUGAACAUUAUUCUUGAGAGAUUCCGAUCUGGAGAGUUAAAUCUAUUGGUUGCAACUAAAGUUUGUGAAGAAGGACUUGAUAUUCAGACAUGCUGCCUUGUGAUUCGGUUUGAUCUCCCAGAAACUGUUUCUAGCUUCAUACAGUCAAGAGGUCGUGCACGAAUGCCUCAGUCUGAAUAUGCCUUUUUGGUGAACAGUGGCAACCAGAAGGAGCUAGAUUUGAUAGAAAAUUUUCAAAAGGAUGAAGAUCAAAUGAACAAGGAAAUUACUCAUCGAAUGUCAAAUGGUACAUUUAUAGGUCCUGAAGAAAGAAUCAAUAAAGUUGUUUCAUCUGGUGCUUCUGUCAGCUCUGGAUUUAGCAUAUCAUUACUCCAUCAGUAUUGUUCGAAACUCCCGCAUGAUGAGUUUUUUCUUCCCUGCCCAGAGUUCUUUUAUUUUGAUGACUUGGGGGGUACUGUCUGCCACAUAAAGUUACCUUUGAAUGCUCCAAUAAAUCAAAUUGUUGGUACACCACAAUGUUCAAUGGAAGCUGCUAAACAAGAUGCUUGUCUGAAAGCAAUUGAAACAUUGCAUAAAAUGGGGGCCUUGAAUGACUACCUCUUGCCUGGGAAAGAUGAUGCAAAUGUAGAUGGAUUGGAGCUGGAUUCUUCAGACUCGGAUAGCUGCAAAGAUGAUAAUCUACGAUGCGAACUACAGGAGAUGCUUGUACCUGCUGCACUAAGAAAACCAUGGACUAACUUGGAAAAUUCUGUCCGUCUUAACUCCUACUAUAUAAAAUUUAGUCCUGAUCCUGAAGAUAGGGUCUAUAAAAAGUUUGGUCUAUUUGUCAAAGCACCUCUCCCGUUAGAGGCUGAGAGAAUGGAACUUGAUCUUCAUCUGGCUCGUGGUAGAUCUGUGAUGACAAAGCUUGUCCCAUCAGGAAUUGCAGAAUUUGAUAAAAAUGAGAUUAUGUUUGCACAGAAUUUUCAAGAAAUGUAUCUCAAGAUCAUCCUUGACCGAUCAGAAUUUAUUCCUGAAUUUGUUCCCUUGAGAAGGAAUGAUAUUAGUAAAUCGAGUUCAUCAACAUUCUACCUGUUGCUUCCAGUAGUUUUGCUUGAUAAUGAAAGUACAAUAACUGUAGAUUGGGAGAUUGUUAUGAGAUGUUUAUCAUCCCCAGUUUUCAGGGCUUCAGAAGAUGACAUGGUUAAAGAACAUUUUCCUUUGGAUGAUGAACACUUGCAACUUAUCAAUGGUUACAGAAGUAUAAGUGAUGUUGAGAAUAGUUUAGUGUAUGCCCCACACAGAAAGGAGUUUUUCUUCAUUACUCACAUUGUUCAUGGAAAGAAUGGAUACAGCCCUUAUAAAGAAUCAGAAACUUCAAGCUACCUGGAGCACUUAGAGCAGUUUGGCAUUCAACUUAAAUACCCUGGACAACCUCUUCUGCAUGCAAAACCACUUUUUUGCUUGCAUAACUUGCUACGCAACCGAAAAUCAGAAGAUUCAGAAUCACAUGAACUGGAGGAGUACUUUAUUGAUUUGCCUCCCGAGCUAUGUCAGUUGAAGAUCAUUGGCUUUUCCAAAGAUAUCGGGAGUUCAAUAUCUUUGUUGCCAUCAAUCAUGCAUCUUCUGGAAAACUUGCUUGUGGCCAUUGAACUGAAGCACACAUUAUCUGUUGCAUUUCCCGAAGGAGCUGAAGUUACUUGCUAUAGAGCUAAGGGCUACGUACCCAAGUCAAAAACUUUGGAGGAAGUUUUCAAGUCAAGCUGCAAGAUGGAAGCCAAGCUGAUCGGAUAUGACAAAACACCUAUUGAUGUAAAUACCCCUGAAGCCAUAGGAUUUGAAAAAUUAACGGUACAACCUUUUAGCAGAGAUUUUGGGCCCCAAAUCUCUCGCCUCACUAAAGCGUCUGAUAAUAAUAUCAGCUGCAUAACACCUGUUAUUAAAAAUCUAUUUGGAGCCUUAAGGGGGCAGCCUUCUGGGACAAUUGAAAAUCAUAGGUGUGACCCUGACUCACAGACCACAGGCGGGUCACACAAAGGAACAGCAAGAUCACGUUUGCGUGAACUCUGCGCUGCUAAUUGUUGGAAACCCCCUUCAUUUGAAUGUUGCAGAGAGGAAGGACCGAGCCACUUAAAGUUAUUCACUUUCAAGGUUGUUGUGGAAAUAGAAGAUGCCGAAGAUGUGGUUUUAGAGUGCUUUGGAGAACCCCGGGCGAAAAAGAAAGAUGCAGAAGAGCAUGCAGCAGAAGGGGCCCUUUGGUACCUAAAGCACGAUGGAUACUUGCCUGAGACUGACUAACAUACACAAAUUUUUUGCUGAUGAGAUAGAGGGAACAUUGACACAGCGGCAGUUUUUGUAAAUUCUUGAAGAUCUCAAUGAAGGAAGCUUUAGACUGAAUCUAACAACUUCAAGUUGCAAUAUCUAAUUAUACAUAGAACAUGUUAAUAUAAUUGUAAAUGGUGAUUAACAUAGAACUGUAUCCACUUGUAUGGAAAUCAUGAAUCAUUGUAGUGCAAUAACCCACUGCAUGUUAUAUUACGAAUGUAUGUUAGUUUUUCCUUUUUGUUCCAUGUAAACUGCAAAAAUUC